GUUGGCGGCGGCGGCGGGGGAGGCGGCGCGGCCAUGGACCCCGCGUCCUCUGGCCCGUCCAAGGCCAAGAAGACGAACGCCGGCAUCCGGCGCCCCGAGAAGCCGCCCUACUCGUACAUCGCGCUCAUCGUCAUGGCCAUCCAGAGCUCGCCCACCAAGCGCCUGACGCUCAGCGAGAUCUACCAGUUCCUACAGAGCCGCUUCCCCUUCUUCCGCGGCUCCUACCAGGGCUGGAAGAACUCGGUGCGCCACAACCUCUCGCUCAACGAGUGCUUCAUCAAGCUGCCCAAGGGCCUCGGGCGGCCGGGCAAGGGCCACUACUGGACAAUCGACCCGGCCAGCGAGUUCAUGUUCGAGGAGGGCUCCUUUCGGCGGCGGCCGCGCGGCUUCCGAAGGAAAUGCCAGGCGCUCAAGCCCAUGUACAGCAUGAUGAACGGGCUGGGCUUCAACCAUCUCCCGGACACCUACGGCUUCCAGAGCUCCGCCGGCGGCCUCUCGUGCCCGCCCAACAGCCUAGCGCUCGAGGGCGGCCUGGGCAUGAUGAAUGGCCACUUGCCUGGCAACGUGGACGGCAUGGCUUUGCCCAGCCACUCGGUGCCCCACCUGCCCGCCAACGGCGGCCACUCGUACAUGGGCAGCUGCGGCAGCGCGGCGGCCGGCGAGUACCCGCACCACGACAGCUCGGUGCCCGCCUCCCCGCUGCUGCCCGCUGCGGGUGGGGUCAUGGAGCCGCAUGCCGUCUACUCGGGCUCCGCAGCCGCCUGGCCUCCCUCGGCCUCCGCUGCCCUCAACAGCGGCGCCUCCUACAUCAAGCAGCAGCCCCUGUCCCCUUGCAACCCCACGGCCAACCCCCUGUCGGGCAGCCUCUCCACGCACUCCCUGGACCAGCCCUAUCUGCACCAGAACAGUCACAACACCCCAGCUGAGCUGCAAGGCAUCCCGCGGUAUCACUCGCAGUCACCCAGCAUGUGUGACCGAAAGGAGUUUGUCUUCUCUUUCAACACCAUGGCGUCCUCGUCGAUGCACUCCGCCAGCAGCGGCUCCUACUACCACCAGCAGGUCACCUACCAAGACAUCAAGCCUUGCGUGAUGUGAGGCUGAAUCCCGAGGGGCCCUCUGGGCAUGGGCCGCCCCGGCACAGGGACCCGGGAACCCACUGCAAGAAACUGCUUUAUUCUCGAGGUAUAACCGUCGGCAGAAGACAAGGGUUUGACCCCUCUCCAAUCGGAUUAUUUGGAAAGGAAUCCCCAGGGCAAAGACUUGGCGCAGUGGUCGGCACCUCCUCCCCUUCUCCCUCGAAAAUUUAAAAAAAUGGUGGCAGUAGGGCCUGAUCUGACUGCAGCUGUUGGUAGAGAAAUAUCUAUUUUUGAUUCGAUUGAAACCAGCU